AAAGGACGCUUCCUGUGGCUGGGGCAGCCUGGCCUUUCCCCUGAGGGUGUAAUCGAGUUGGGGAAGUAAAGGCGAUAUCCACGUAAAUCUGCCUACCAUCCGGGAAAUACCCGUUACGGGAAUCCAGUCCUUGAAGGGCGGGUAGAGUCAAACUAGGGAAAACCUCCGGAAGCUGUGAGGUCAAGAUGGGGUUUAUAUUUUCAAAAUCUCUGAAUGAAAACAUGAAAAUCCAACAGGAGUUCAUGCUUAUGAAUGCUCGACUUCAGCUGGAAAGGCAGCUAAUGAUGCAGAAUGAAAUGAGAGAAAGACAAAUGGCCAUGCAGGUUGCCUGGUCUCGGGAAUUCAUCAAAUAUUUUGGAACAUUUUUUGGCAUUGCAGCCAUCUCUUUAACAGCUGGAGCAAUAAAAAGGAAGAAUCCAGCCUUCCUCUUCCCUUGCAUUCCAUUAGGCUUUGUCUUUAGCUACCAGUAUGACUUGGGCUAUGGAAACCUUCUACAAAGAAUGAAAGGUGAAGCUGAAAACAUACUGGAAACAGAGAAGAGUAAGCUACAGCUGCCAAAAGGAAUGAUUACUUUUGAAAGCCUUGAAAAAGCCAGAAGGGAACAAAGUAAAUUCUUCAUAGACAAAUGAUACCAUGUUUACCCACCGAAUCUCAAAACACAAAAUUGUUGACUUGAAUCAUGGUUUUUAUAGUUUUUUAAAUGCUCAAGAUUUUGAUAUAACGGAUUUUAUUGUAAAAUAUUAAAAUGCAAGAUCAGUUUUGUUAAGCUAUUUUAAAAAUAAAAUUUAUAACAUUCAACAAAAAAGGAGGUACUCUAAAUAGCUUUCAGACUUCCUGUAUAUGUAUAUUACAAAUAUCUAAAUGUAAAAUUAAUAAACUAUAUUGUUUUGAACUCCUGAAAAACAAA